GCCCAAUAUUAUAAGACCCAACUCCGCCUAUCAAUCGUUUCGUUUUCGCCGGCUUUUCCAGUUUCCUUGGUGCUAAGCUGCCGCGCGAGAUAAGAAGAAGAAAAUGCCGUCUUUACAAACAGCACUGCCCCCUGAGCUUGCUAACAACGUUAUCAGACUUUACCGGGAGUGUCUUCGAAGAGCUAAAUAUAUAGGCCAUAAGCAACAUAAUACUGCAUUGGUUGUUGAUAUGGUGAGACAGCAGUUCAAAAAGCAUAUGCAUGAGACGGAUCCAGAGAAGAUUCAGAAGCUGAAGGAUGAUGCUGCAAGGGGACUAAUUAACCACAUACUCUAUGAGUCUGAGAAGCUAUCUGGACGAAAAUUCAGCAAUAGCUCUUGAUAGAGUUGGAGUUUUUAUUUGAGAUAUUGGUAUUAGACAAAUUUCAUGACUGCUCAACCAAGUAAUAAACAAAGGCUGGAAUUUUGGUGUUCAUAAUGAGUUUGACGGUGUGCUGCAUUAAACUUGCUUCAGUUUUACUUAAUAUAUGCUGUAUGAUGCAUGAUACUAAUGUCGUUUCAAGUAUAUGAGUUGAAGAUGAUGCAACAUUGUGUAA